AUGAUGGAGUCAGACAAGAAGAAGCGGCAACUAGAGAUUGAUGAGUUGCGGAAGAAGGAGCGCGAAAAUGAGAUGAGGCGGAAAAUUCAGAGGCGUGAGAUGGAAAGGGCAUCACAACUUCCUUUGCAUGUUCACCACCUGCCUCGAGUUCACAAGUGUCCCAUGGCUGCAUCUGAAGACAUGGUGCUCCACGGCUCUCCGCGACGUCACCAGCGACGAUGUCUACUGCAUGGCGUAGAUUGCAACCACAUGCCAUUUAGAACGUGUGAAGCCUGUGAUUUUGACGCUUGCGACUCAUGUGUGCACUUGUACUCGCUGCCAACAAAGGACCGGCAGCAGAAAGAGCAGCAGUUCAGGGAUCGCGCGCGAGCAGCCAAGGACAACGAACGUCGCCGCAGGGAAGAAGCUAACCUUGCAAGGGUGCGAGACAUCAUGCAGAUGCAACAUAUUCCGGAGAAGUUCCGGCAGCCCCCUGCCGUCAAUCGUAACCGGCAAAAGCUGCUCAAGUAUGUGGUGUGGACGUCAGAUGGGUAUGACCCCGACGGGUUUCAUGGCUACAUGGGGCCUCCGCCCAUCGAGUUUGACUCCUCCUUCGACAGCGUUGAGGAUGCCAACUCCCGCGUUUGCUUCCGGUUUUAUGUUCAAAAUGCAUAUGGCGUGUCGGUUGAAGAAAUGCUGGAAGAGGACAUCCAACAGCGCAAGAGAGAUGGCCUGCUGCAUUUGGAGGUGUGCCCAGCGGACAGCACCAGGUUCAAAGUGGCCGCCGUGCCCAGCGCGGCUUUCAAGCACUUGCAGCUCGGCGAGACGGCGACGUGCGUCUUCCAUGCCGUCUUCGACGGCCAUGGCGGGCCCUACUGCGCGGAGCACGUGUCCACCCACUUGGCCAAGAACAUCCUAGCGCGCCUGCGAGAUCGCGCGACAAAUGUCAGCGACGAGGUGGCUGUGAAGACCGCCAUCGCGGCCGGCUUCAAGCAGACGGAGCACAACUUCCUCCAGCAUGCCAAGAAGACCGACGACAGCUCGGGUAGCACUGCUUGCACCAUGACUGUAUUCGGCCCUGACGAGCAGAUGCGGCUGCGGCUGUUUAUGGCCAACUGUGGAGAUUCACGAGCCGUCCUGUGCACCGGCGGCGGCACGGCCAUACGUCUUACAGAGGACCAUAAGCCGAACCUGCCAGCUGAGAAGAAGCGAAUCGAGGCUGCGGAUGGCGGUGUGGUGGAAGUGGCCGGCGUCUGGCGGGCGGUGCUUCCCCAGAAGAAGCGAAUCCUGAGCAAGAUUGCCGGCCUGGCGGUGUCGCGGAGUUUCGGCGACAAGGAUUUCAAAGGGCCUGAUAUCGUCAGCGCGGAGCCUGAGAUCACCGUCCAUGAGGUGGAUUGGGAUGAAGAUGAGUUCGCGAUCUUGGCCACCGAUGGCAUCUGGGACGUCAUGACCGACAAAGAGUCGGUUGCCCUGGUGCGGCAGAAGCUCCAGGAGGGGGCGGGCGAGGAGAAGGCGGCCGAGGCCCUGGUGAAGCGUGCCAGGCAGAAGGAGAGCCACGACGACUGUACAGCUUUGGUCGUCCGGUUCGGCUGGAAUUCGUCGAGCGCCUCGAACACCCAAAACUCCGCGCCCGCCACUUCACCCACUGCCAAGGCCCAAGUCGGGCAGGGCGCUGAAGAGGCAGCAGAGGAGGAGGAGGAGGAGCCGAUGGAGGACGACGAAGACGAAGAGGAGGCCCUUGCAGCCAUGGCUGCCAUGGCUGCGCAGCCUGGAGCCGUGCAGGGCCCCGGCGCGGAGGAGGAG